AUGGCCGACGAUACUAAAACAUAUGCAAUAGUUGGUUUUGCGGAUGGCCUGGUUAUCAUUCCCACGUGUUGGACUGUUUAUGAAGGAAAUAAAAUAACUCAAAGUUUUUAUCCUUUCAACUGCGCACAAGGAAAAGUCAUUAAAUUACUACUUUCAAAAACUCCCCUAAAAGAUGACAAUGCGCGUCAAUUGCUUCCUGUACAAAAGCUUCAUUCGUAUGCAGAGCGCCCUUACUCAGAGCAAGAGCAAUUGGCAACUUUGCCACAGAGUGCUUUGCUUCAGAACGAAGCAAUGUGUGACGCCAUUAGCAGUGAUCUGCCAAUGAUCUGCUCCAUGGCAGAAAGAUUUACUUCGUCAUCUCAUCCAUUAAAUGUUAAUGAAAAUAUACAUCAAGAGGCUUCAGGACUAUUAAUCCCUUUUUCAAAUAUUGAGAAUGAAGAAAAUGAUAUCUCCAGUGAUGAAGAUGCUAAUAUGGAACAUUCUGAUAACUACAGUGCAAAUUGCAGCGAGAGUGAAUUAAAUAAUUGCGAAUCCGAAGAUGACGUCUUAGACAUUGAGAAAAGUGACGACAAAUUAUCUGAGGACUCCUAUGUUAGCGACAGCGAAAAUACGGACCAAGUUUCUACAGAAGAAGAGACAGACGAAAACACAGAUGAUAGUUUUGACGAUAGUUCUAGUGCUUCAAAAUCAUUCCAAGAUCAAAUACGAAGUUGGGCUUUACGAUGCAAGAACUCAAAUGGGAACUCUAAAAUAUGUUAAAAUUUCGCAAAUGGGAGAUGGUGCGUAUCAUCAUUUCGGCGUAGAAAGAGCUGCUAGAGGAAUUGUACGAGAAUUUCAGAAAAAAGGUAAAACAAUUGACAAAGUUAAAUUGGUAUUUAAUAUUGACGGUUUACCGAUCUCAAAAUCUGAAACUGAGAGUGUGUGGUUGAUCCUCUGUUCAGAAAUUAACGGGGAUUUUGUGUAUCCAGUGGGAGCAUAUUAUGGGAAAAGUAAACCAGACGAUGCAAAUGAAUUCAUAAAGGAAUUCAUAGACGAAUUAUUUCACUUGUAUAAUAAAGGUUAAACAGAUCCUAAUGUUUUAAUAUCCUGCGAAUAUAUUGUCUGCGAUGCACCGGCAAAAUCUUUUGUCUUUUUUAGGGUUCCGUACUCGGUUCGGAACCCUAUUAAUAUCGGUUUUUUUGAAAUCGUGUACCCCCCCCCUAGCGGCCACACAAAUUUAUCUGGAGGGCUGAAAAUUAGUACACAUAUGUAUUUUCGCGUGUAGAUUACAGGAAAAAUAUAGCGAACUUGAUUGGAAUUGAUUAACAUAGCGUUGUCAAGGAAAAACCAUGAAUUUUUACGAAAAAUGCCUAAAAAUGACUAUGUACCCCCCUCCUAGCGGCCACAUCUUUUGACAUAAAGGGCUCAAAUUUGGUACACUUACGUAUUUUUACGUGAAAAUUACAGGAAAAAUACAGCGAACUUGAUUCCGAUCAAUUUACAUAGCGUUGUCAAGGAAAAAUCAAAAAUUUCGAAAAAAAAUGAUUUAUUCUCCCUAGCGCACACAAUAUUCUACUCAGACAGUUCAUAUUUAGUAUACAAAUGUAUUUUUACGGGAAAAAUACAGGGGAAAAAAAGCGGUCACGAUUAGAGUUGAUG